AAAAAUGUGCUCGCUCAACUCUACUUGAAACAGGUCCUAAGCCGGGGCAAAGGACUGGCGUCUGCAGCAGCCAACCACCGGCGAAGAGGCGGCCAAUCUAGGGGAGGCGGGCGUGCUGAUGGCCAGCGGGGCUUGCUCGCCGCGAAGCCCGGGCUGAGAGCAGCCGUGCUCGGGGCAGGUGGCGCCCAGGAGCGGGCAAUGCCCUGCGUCGCUCGCUGGUUACAAUCUAAUUUAACACAAUGUCACAACAACGAGUCCUGCCUCAAAGUAAAGAGACCCUCCUACAGUCCUACAACAAGAGGCUGAAAGAUGACAUCAAGUCAAUCAUGGAUAACUUCACAGAGAUCAUCAAGACUGCUAAGAUUGAAGAUGAAACCCAAGUCUCUCGAGCAACCCAGAGUGAGCAGGACAACUAUGAGAUGCACGUCAGAGCUGCCAAUAUAGUCCGAGCUGGCGAAUCCCUGAUGAAGCUUGUGUCUGACCUGAAGCAGUUCUUGAUUCUCAAUGACUUCCCCUCCGUGAACGAAGCCAUUAACCAGCGUAACCAGCAGCUGCGGAGCGUGCAGGAAGAGUGUGACAAGAAGCUGAUCUCGCUGAGGGAUGAGAUUUCCAUUGACCUGUAUGAACUAGAAGAAGAAUAUUACUCUUCCAGGUACAAAUAGGGCCAUGGACUCCCAUGUACUAACAAGCCUCCUCUUGUCUCCAGCCCUUUCUGAGAAACAGGAUAGGAGAGCAGAUUGUCCUUAAGACACAAGCCUAAAUGGAUAUUUCCCCUUAAAAUUCACACCUGUUUUUAAUUAGAUCAAACUUGUCUUCUGCAACCUAAAACAAGCUAUCGAGAUGCUAAGCAGUCAGGCUGAUAUGGGGCAGAGCCUCUUUGUGUGCUCUUUCACAAGUGUCUUAAACUACAUAACAUGCCUAUUCCUUGUAGCUCACCCCCACCAACUGUCUGAAAUCUGUUUAAAAUGAACUAAAGGGACAUCAUCAAGUAGCUUAGAAUCGACAUUUUUCUAUCUCUAGCAGGGUGAGAGGGUUGGUGGUUUUUUGUAAAAACUUACCACUAAUGUAUCUUUUGUGAAAUCUUUUUAAAGACUUUCAAUAGAACAUAGGUUCUGGUGGAUACAACUUUUUUUCCCUCCUAAUAUUGUUGCAACCCCCAACAUCACUAGUUAAUGAGGUCCAGUAAAUGAAAGUGACCAGAAUCCGAUCUGAAAGGGACUGGUUUGGUUGCACUGUCCAAGGUCAGUGAAAUGCAACAAAUUCUAAUAAUUACAAGCCACAUCUAAACACCAUAGACAAAUUAAUCAACAGCAUAAAUGGUAAAAAGCAAACUAGCUCUUUAAACUUCUUUCACUUUUAAUAAGCUUUGAUAAGAUGAUUUUUUUUUUAAUUUUAUUAUUUUUUAAUUCCCUAAAAUGUUUAGUGGUAGCUACAGAUGCUCAAUUCAACUGGAAUUUAGAAAAUCAGGCCAUCAUUUACUGGUAAUGCAGGUAUUUUAGAAAUAAAAGUUAGCCCAACAGUGUCCCUUUAAAAUUGAUGCAUUAUUUUAAGAAAAUUUACCUUUCAUAGCUGCGAAAAGGAGAGCAACAAUUAUAAAAAGAUGUCUUAGGACAGUGAGAGGCCCACUAAAUAUUUUGGAGAUGAGUGGAAAGGAAGUUGAGUAGGGUUACACAAUGCUGACUGAUCUAAGCAAAAAUUCUGGUCUUAACUGGGGUCAGGACUUUAUUAUUUCAUAACUUGAUUGGACAGCAAAGCAGUCGAUGUUGUCUAACAGGGGUGUGUGCAGUUAUGGUGACCCAAAUGUGAGCCUGUGAUGUGUGUUUGUGGUAUUGUAACCAGACACUCUGGCAUGUACACUUGUGGUUCUAAAAUGGUUAUUUUAAUCUUUGGACCAAUGGGUUCUGACCAUGCUAGUGUGGUCUUUUAUCUACCUAGCUCUGAAACUGCACUAAGCAAUCAUUCCUAGCAAAACUACUGUCUAAGCAGGAGUGGGGGGGAGGGGAGGUUGUCCCUUCCCUCCCCCCGUUGUACCAAAUCAAUCCAUUCUUCUGUUUCUAAUAUGAAGUGCUCGUUUGGUGAGAAAUCUUGCCUAGAAUAUAGAGCUAUGCUCUCUUUAAUGACGCCUCAUGUCCUGUAGCUGCACCUAGUGUUUUAUCCACUGGUCCUUGAGCACUUAUUUCCUUUUCCUUCAUGUGCCAUCGGCUACAGGUUUUAACCAAUCUUUAUUUCUGCACCAAAGAAACAUGUGAGUGUUUAAAUAGAAACAACAAGUGGCUUAUUCAAAGUACUUUUAUAAAUGGUCAUAAGGAUUUUUUUUAACAGAAUUUUACUGUCUGAUGUGGAGAAAGGGGUUUCUAUUUUGUAUUAAAGCACACAUGGCUGUAGGAUGUUAAUUGUG